CCCGCUUAUUUAAGUAAGGAUGGCUGCUUUAAAGAUGGUAGGAGGAGCGAGUGCGGUGGCGCUGCUAACAGUGGGAGGAGCAUUAUUACAGAACAGUCUGUACACGGUGGAAGGAGGACACAGGAGUAUAUUGUUCAGCAGGAUGGGCGGUCUCCAGGAGAAGGUCUACAAGGAAGGUUUAAAUUUUAAAGUGCCGUGGCUCCACAAACCCAUUGUAUUCGAUAUCCGUGCUACCCCAAGAAGGAUAACCUCUCCAACGGGAUCCAAAGAUCUGCAGACUGUCCAUAUCAGCCUCAGGGUGUUGUCCAGACCCGACCCUAUUAAGCUCACAACCAUUACCCGAAGACUGGGCCUAGACUUCAAUGACAGGGUUCUUCCAUCAAUCGUAAACGAGAUAUUGAAGUCUGUGGUUGCUCAGUUUAAUGCCUCUCAGUUGAUCACACAGCGUCAAAUGGUGAGUAACAUGGUCCGUGAACAGCUGGUUGAGCGAGCACGAGACUUUGAUAUCAUCCUGGAGGAUGUGGCCAUCACAGACCUAUCUUUCUCUCCUCAGUACACGGCUGCUAUUGAGUCUAAACAGAUCGCUCAACAGGAGGCCCAGAGAGCAGCUAUAUUGGUGGAGCGAGCGGUUCAGGAGCGACAACAGAAGAUCGUCCAAGCUGAGGGAGAGACCAGAGCUGCCUUCAUGUUGGGAGAGGCUAUCGAGGGAAACCCUGGAUUCUUAAAGCUCAGGAGGAUAACAGCUGCUAAACACAUUGCCGCCACCAUGUCCAAGUCUCAGAACAAGGUUUAUCUCUCCUCCGACUCUCUCUUCCUCAACAUCAGAGACACUGAGCGAGACGAACAUCUCUAUUCUUUCGGUGCGGUUCCAGAAGCAGGCCCUAUUGUAACUGCAGCCGCCCCUAUUGUUGCUGCUGCUCCUGUAGCCGCUCCUGCCCCUGUAGCCGCUCCUGCUCCUGUGCUCCCCCCGGUCCCUGAAUUCGCUGAUAUCCCUGAGAUCACCGUGGUCCCAGAGGCCCCCGCCGCUGUCCCUGAAGAAGUCUCUGCCUAAAUGCUGGCUGGUGAGACCGUGCGAACAAGUGUAUGAACAGUGACCUAUUAUGUGAUGCAGUAAACGAACUCUUAUAGUUCUAGGAAACAAAAGAGUCAGCCAAAUUUUUACCUCUAAUUUAUUUUGUUUAUUAAUUUAUCUAAGA